UGUACGGUUAAAAAUUUUACGUGUAGACGUUGCAACUAAUAAUAAUAUUAAGUAUUGAGUCCGAACUCUACCUUUUAGUGGUCUUUGUUUUUCGGUGGAUAGCACAUUCCAUCACGAAACAUGAGGCGUCGUUUGUAUCCAUGGAAACCAAGACUGUCUCAGCUAUAAUUACCGGCUUUGGCUUCGUUUUAUCCCUAAUAUCAGGUCUUCCUGUAGGUCGGACUAUUAAAAACAAGGAUUAAUUUGAACAUACAUCAUUUUUGCUAAAAUUGAGGAAGGAUGACUCAAACGCGUUUGAAAAUGUCCAAGCAAGUCAAAAAGGGAGACAAACAAGCCUUGAAAUCCACAGGAAUCCACAACGAGACAUGUGAUCUGAGGAGGCUUCAGGCACUGCUCGCCAAAAGCAGUCCCAAACGAGAGGUGUUGAGUCACAACAAAGCAGACGGCAACGGAUUCCACAGCCCGCACCCUCCCAACCACAGCUGCGCGGAAGAAUCUGAGCUGGAUAAAUUCAGCUUGACGUACCGAGAAAUGAGAUGUUUUAGCAGUCACCCGCUACAAAAGCUCUUUGCCAACAUUCUGACGUUACUGGUCAAAAACCGCCUCUGCAGUCAUUGGAUGGAAGUGGCGCCACCUGAUUGGGCCCUCGGAGUGUUGUUGUGCCUACGCUUGCUUAUUAGAGAUCCUCAGCAUCAGAAAAUGUUCCAUCAUCUCCAAGGCGUCCAUUCACUCGCCAGGUAUAUGAAGUAUGUUGCUGACAUGUCCUUCGCAUCUGGCCAACCAGCACUAGCUGCACAAUCACUUGUCACCAUGACCUACAUGUGUCAGAAGUUGACUGCUGUAGACGAUCAAAGGUUGAUUGAAAGCGGCGUUCACACGACGCUGGUGAAGCUGCUUUCCAGCUCAGAUAGUGGUGUACUGCUUGGAGCUCUAACAGCACUCACCACCUUAGCUGAAAGUCCACAGUGUAGAGAGCCAAUUGGAGAGCUGAUCCUGGUGGAGAAUUUAGUCCACAUUCUACAGGACUGUGACUAUCCAUUCAAGAGGAUGGCCGCCGAGCUUCUGAGGCUGGUCUCCCAAGUGGGUCGCGUCAGAGACGAACUGAGGGAUGUCGAGGCGGUUCCGGUACUGCUCAGCCUGCUGCACAUGCCCCACCUCCGGCUGCUGUGGAGUGUGGCUUGGGUCUUGGUGCAGCUCUGUCAGGACGCCGGCGCUAGGGCGGAGGUGCGCAGCUGGGGAGGCGUGCACAUGUUGCUGAAGUUGCUUAGCAGCAACAAGCAGUUUUUCUGCAACCGCUCAUCUCUCGAGACGCCUACGAGCGCCGACACAACCAGCCAAAAUCGUACGCGGGACGAUACGGAACUUAUUGAAGAGUCCGACAUCGCAGCCGUGCAGUCAGCCUGCUGCACAGCUCUAACCGAGCUCAGCCUGGACGACUCAUGCGCUCAUCACAUCGUGCAGGAAAAUGGAAUCUAUAUACUCGCCAAGCUAAUUUUACCCCAAAUAUCUGGGCCCAAAGUGUCAUCUUUACAGUGUUACGCAUUUCGGGCGCUACGCUUUCUAUUCGGCGUGGAGAGGAACAGAUGUCACUUUAAGAGACUCUUUCCCGCGGAUCUUUACGAGGCCUUCAUUGACGUCGGCCAUUACGUGCGGGACUUGGAGGCCUAUGAGGCUCUUCGAGUCAAAGUGUCGCAGUAUUCUGAGGAAGAGCUGGAGAGCCUUCGAGCGAGCAUCACUGCUGUGGAUCAGAACCAGCCCGCGCUGAAAGUGAUCAACGGCUAUGCGGUACUUGAGCAUCUCGGCACCGGCGCCUUUGGAAGCGUUUUCAAGGCCCGCAAGCAGAACACUGGGAAUCUUCUGGCCCUGAAGGAGGUCAACCUCCACAACCCAGCGUUUGGCAAAGAUAAGAAAUCGCGAGACUGCAAUGUGGAGAAGAUCAUCGCUGAGUUGGCUAUCAUCAAAGAACAGAUGGCCCACCCGAAUAUCGUCAAGUACUACAAGACCUUCCUGCAAGACGACAAGCUGUACAUUGUAAUGGAGCUGAUUGAUGGAGUUCCAUUGCUGGAACGUUGCAAUUCCCUAAAGGAGAAGCGGCAGAGAUUCACAGAGGAAUUAAUAUGGACCAUUUUCAUCCAGAUGUGUCUGGCUCUGAGGUACCUCCACAAGGAUAAGCAUAUCGUCCACCGUGACCUGACGCCGAACAACAUCAUGCUAGGCGACAACCAUAAAGUCACCAUCACUGACUUUGGCCUCGCCAAGCAGAAGCAGGAGAACAGCAAGCUGACCUCGGUGGUGGGAACCAUCUUGUACUCCUGUCCUGAGGUGGUGAAAAACGAGCCUUACGGCGAGAAAGCCGACAUUUGGGCCCUGGGCUGCGUCCUCUUUCAGAUGGCCACUUUGGAGCCGCCAUUUUACAGUGACAACAUGCUUUCGCUGGCCAGCAAGAUCGUGGAGGCCAUUUAUGAGCCCCUGGAAGACGGAGUUUAUUCUGAAAGGCUGGAGGACAUGAUUGCAUGGUGUUUGAGUCCCGACCCAGAGCGGCGUCCAGACAUCGUAGCGGUAGGUUCUCGGAUCGCUGACCUGGCGAUGAUGCGGAUGGACGCUUUGUACGCGUCGCACAAUGCAUUGGAGAGGCGAGCAGAGCGGGAUAGGAAACGGGCGCAGAGGUAUUUCCUGGAAGGACAUCGGGGCGGGAAAACCUGCUCCUGCUCGGUUAGGCCUCAGGAAGAAAUAUUGAUAAAUGGUGAACUUGCAAACUUUCUUCCGAGCCAACCUGAAGAGAAUCUACGUUUAGAAGAUGCCUCGGAUCACGAAGACGUGAAAAGUGAAGACACACAAACGCCACACUACAGAUCCAAAUCUUCUGCCCGUGCUGGGAUUUGCGUCUCCCAGAGGAACCUUCGCCAGAUCGAGGACCCCAUCCACAAGCUGCUUGAGCAACUACACAAAGUGCUGUACGUCACUCAGCUUCCGCCGUCAUCUCGUCACGACGUCAAGAGGAGGCUAGUGGAACGAUUUAAAAAGUCCCUGUUCCAGAUCGGCAGCGACCCGCACGACCUGAAGACAGAACUCAGCAAGCUGGCCCAGGGGUCAUGCGAGGUCAUGGAGUCAAGCUCUGCAGGUGCAGAAUGGUGGCCCGUUUCAAUUCCCAUCACAGGGGAUGCCGCUGAAGGCGACAAUCUUCGAGAAGGAGUCACGUAUGAGCAGAUGCAGACAGUGUUGGAGGAGCUGCUGGACGAGAGCGGCUACUACCGAGGCGAGAGCGGCAGGCAAGCAACCCCAGGAAUUGACCGCCACCCUCGCUCCUAAUCUUAAGUGACAGACUCAUAUAUCAACUAAUUUCUGAAAUUUUUUUCAUCGGCCUAAGGUUUUCCUCAUUUGCAUAGACUGUAUCAAAACUGAACAAUGCACUAUAGAUAUAUUGAAUAUCAGUACAUGAUUGUUUCUUUAACUCAUUACCUGCCAUUGACGGCAACAGGCGUCGGUCUAAUCCAUUUGAUGUGGAAGGGUUGGCAGCGAAUGAACGAACAUUCAUUCGCUGCCACCCUCCCACUUCAAAUGGAUGGACGUCUACGAGGUGAUAGACUCAUUUGAAAAUUGACGCCGCUCGCGUCCAAUCCAUUUAUAUUGGUUGUUCUUUGCAGAGGAUCAAGAACAUACGCCCACAACUAUUUUCAUAAUACUGUUAACAUGUUUUUGUAAUCAUCAUUUCACCACCUCCAGCAGAAAAAUACCCUAAACAACACCCAAACACCCCCCUCUGUCGGACCACAGUCCGCCUCAACAGAGUCUUCAAAAGACUGAAAUCUUUUGUUGGUGGGGCUUUUUUUCUGGCUUUUUUUUUGUUGACUUGAUAUGGUGACCCUGUAUCCAGCCUUCUUCCUCGCCUGGGUCUUUGUGCUGUUUUGCCUUGCUGUAUGA